AUGCUCAACGAAGAUGCGGACGCUCCCAAGCAGCUAGUAGACAAGACCUUUGCGGAAUUGAGGAAGCAGCCCUUGAAUCAGAAAUGCUUCGAAUGCGCAGGACCCGCGGCUUGGGCAUCUGUCACCCUGGCCCUCUACGUCUGCUACGAGUGUUCCGGUCGACACCGUAAUAUGGGCAGCACUAUAUCCUUCAUUCAGUCCCCGACCAUGGACAACUGGACAUGGAGAAAUCUCCGUAGGUUGAGAGUGGGCGGGAACGAAAGGGCGGCGAAGGUCUUUGGCGACCCGGACAAAACGAACCCCACAGAUUAUCCGCGCAAGUACAUCGACAAUGCCGCCGCCGAUAAGCACAGAAACCGCCUCAGUCAAGAUGUUGCAAUGGACAUCAAACUGUAUCCCGACUUCUUGCGCAAUACCACUGAAACGCUUCCUGAAGCCGACGAAGAUGAGUUUUGGGGGAAGUUCAACAACGUCAAGAAGCCUACACCCCCUGUUUCGCGGAUUGGCACACCACCAGUGACUGGACGCACGUCAUCACCUCUCCCGAUCACAGGCACCAAUGGCAGCGCAAUCUCAAGAUCGGCAUCACCUCUUCCCAAGCCUGACUCUAACGGGGGCAAACCUGCUACCAGCCGAGUCACAACCUCUGCCGCUCUCCGAAAGACGAACCCGACGGGACCCCGUAAAGCUAACAUACUCGGUGCAAAGAAGACCACCAAGCUCGGGGCUAAGAAGGUAACGGCAGAUGUCAUCGAUUUCGACGAAGCUGAGAAGAAGGCCAAAGAAGAGGCGGAGCGGAUAGAGAAGUUAGGUUAUGACCCUGAAGCCGAAGAGGCCGAGACGAAGAAGAAGACACCUGCUGCCCAAACGGAAGCCAGCAAUGUUGUAUCGCCAACACCAAUCAGCCCGCGUGAUUCUGCUUCGGAGCGCGCCGGUCAAAAAUCGGCCGCCGAGGUCGAACGCUUGGGCAUGGGCUUUGGGCGCCUUGGAUUCGGUCAAGUGGGAGGUAGCAAGCCUACUGCCGCUCGCGCUGGAGGGUUCGGAUCGGUUGGCCCUGCCAAGGCCGCUACUGAAGAUGACGACCAACGCUACGCACGGAACAAGUUCGGCACCCAGAAGGGCAUUUCCUCUGAUGAGUUCUUUGGCAAAGGGUCAUUCGACCCCAGCGCCCAGGCCGAGGCAAAGACACGACUGCAAGGAUUCGAGGGGGCCACCUCGAUUUCUUCGAACGCCUACUUCGGACGGCCCGAAGAGGAGAACCCCGAGGAUGAUUAUGGCGAUCUCGAGUCAGCCGCCAAAGACUUCGUCCGCAAAUUCGGAAUCACUGCGGGCGACGACUUGGACAAUCUGACGAGUGCACUGGGCGACGGAGCCACUAGACUGCAGGGUGCUAUUCGUAACUACCUCAACGGCUAA